GUUGAUAUUUUUUUCUUUUAUAUGUAAAUAUGCUCUUUAAGUUUUUUUUUUUUUAUUAUUUCAUUUUCAUCAUUUAUAUGUACAGAUGUGCUUUAAGUGUUUUUUAUUAAUUCAUUUUGAUCUUUUAUAUGUACAUAUGUUCGUUAAGUGUUUUUUUUAUUAUUUCAUUAAUAUAUGUGUCUUAAAAUAAAAGUAUUUUUUUUGUUAUUACAUUUGAUUUUGUUUCUGUUUGCACUUUCAAUAAUACGAAUAUAAUACAAUAAUACGAAGAUAGGAAUUCCGAGAAGGAUUAUCACUGCCUUAUCGGAAUUAUCAGUGCUCAGGUUAUAAACUUUGGCAGAUAGCAGUCAGUCCCGUCCGGCUAGUGAAGAAGUACCAAUUCAAAUAUACCCGAUUAAUAUUGCAGAUCCGUCUAAAAUAGUAAAAAUUAUUCUACAACUUGAGUGCAAAAUAAUCAAUACUAUGUAAAAAGAGACACUUUAUCAUAUAUUAAUUAAAUAUCCAAUAUACAAUGGUUUAAGAAGAAGAAUUUUAAGGAUAUGUAAAAUCAUAAUGUAAUGCAAAUAUUUAAGUCAAGCAAUAGAAGAUAUGAGAAAAUUAUAUUUUGUUUCCUUAUUACCGAAGGUAGAGAAGCUUUGUACUAGUAUUCGUACUCGUGCGAGAGAUUAAAAAAUUAAAAAUUAUGCUCAGAAUCGAAAAUUUUCACCCGCGUUUUACGUUUCAGACAUCAAAGAUCAAAUUUGGUUUCCAGAUUUUACGGAGGGCUUUGGGUUGUAGGAUUGGAUACGGGAAGAAUUUGAUGAUUUUUUGGAACCGCAUAUCUUAAUCCUAUUUAAUGAUGAUAAUGUAUAUGAGUUUUUUUUUUAGAAUAUUUGAAGUUUAGAUUGUUUUGUCAUGUAAGCGUUGUAGUGGUCGCAAUCUAUUGCCAGUUUUUUGUCUUUUCAGUCUAGUAUGAGGAUUGCAAGUAAGGCGUUUGUCAAGAAGGAAUCCUAGAUAACGGAUCAGUUCGAAAGUGAUCAGUGGAAUACUGUUAAAGGAUACUGUAGGAGAAGGUAUAGUAUGUUUACGACGAUGGGUUUCUGGUUUUAUGCCACCUGGCUAUUGCCCGAAGUUUCUCUGUUACUAAUAUGCUAUGAUGAUUUUGAAAAUUAGUUUCUCAGUAAUAUCUAGUUUUGGGGUGUGAUGUGUUGUUAUUGAUGGUGGUUUCUAUAGAUCUUUUGAAUUCUUCAAUAGCAGAAUCAAUCUGCAUUUUAACGAAGUAUUUAAAUCUAGAUUGUUUUCUAGGUCAUGAUGAAAGUUGUUCCAGUUUACUUUCCAUGUGAUUAGUGAUGAUUUGUGAUGGCUUAAAUCUAUAAGUUCAAUAACGAAACUUUAUGAAAUAAUAGAUAUUGGUAGUUGAAUUGGCAACAUUGUAUGGUACUAUAUGCAUUUCAACUAAUAAGCCAAUAUUUCGUAUUUAAUUUGUCUAGUAAACAAUCAUCCAAAUAUUGACAGAUCAACAUCGCCAUUCUUUGAAUAAGUAUAAAAAGUCUAAAACAUCCAGAAGGUGUCAAUCGUUCCCGGUUAUCACAGCCAUGAAGUUGUCAAUCUUUGCUGUCCUCGUCGGCUUGGCGGUAUGCAGCAAUGCCUUCUCGAUCAGUGGCUUCAUCAGUUCUGUUGCUAAACAUCAGCAAGAGAACGUCCAAUUGGUUUCUGAUCAAGCUAUAAGUAACAUCAAUCAGAUAGCAGGAAACAUCAAGUCAAAUAUAAAUGCUAUCCUCACUGGUAAUCCCUUCUUAGUUGCAUCGACGAUAGCCAACAACUGUGCUAACAUGGGGAAAACUGUUUUGAACCAACAAAUUAAGAAUAGUCAAAAAUACAUUGCUGAUGCAAUAGAGGAUUUGAAGCAAUUUCCUGAGAUUACUGAAAGCACAUAUAUUAACCAACCAUCUCCUGCUAUACCUGAAAGCACUAUUUCUGAUCAACAAUCUCCUGAUAUUACUGAAAGCACAGCUAUUAACCAACAAUCUUUUGCUGCUAUUGAAAGUACAGUUGACGUUCAGCAAUCCUCUGAUGCUACUGUAAAUACAGCUACUAACCAACAAUCUCUUGCUGUUACUGAAAUUACAGUUGCUGAUCAGUUACAAUCUGCUACCAGUGACAGCACAAUUGCCGAUCAGCAGUCUACUGAUGUUGCUAAAAGCACAACUACUGUCCAACAACCCUCUGAUACUACUGAAAGCACAAUUACUAACCAGCAACCUCCUGAUGGUGCUGAAAGUACAGUUGACGUCCAGCAAUCCCCUGCAUCAUCUACAAAUGCUGAAAAUGCAUCUUUAAUAUCGGAUUGCAAGACUGAACCAGAAAUGUCUGGAACUAGCGAAGGGAUGUUUGAUAGCUCUACCACUCCUCAAACAGAUACCAUGGCGGAUGGACCAUUAGACCAAAAUGAAAAUACAGCUUCUUCAGACAAACUAACAGUGAUAGGCAAAUCAGAAAGGCCUGAAGUAUUAUCAGAAAAUGAAACCAUUUUCCCUUCUAAAGAAAAGAUACCGCCUGAAAAAAAUCAACAUCGCCAUUCUUUGAAUAAGUAUAAAAAGUCUAAAACAUCCAGAAGGUGUCAAUCGUUCCCGGUUAUCACAGCCAUGAAGUUGUCAAUCUUUGCUGUCCUAGUCUGCUUGGCGGUAUGCAGCCAUGCCUUCUCGAUCAGUGGCUUCAUCAGUUCUGUUGCUAAACACCAGCAAGAGAACAUCCAAUUGGUUUCUGAUCAAGCUAUAAGUAACAUCAAUCAGAUAGCAAAAAACAUCAAGGCAAAUAUAAAUGCUAUCCUCACUGGAAACCCCUUCUUAGCUGCAUCGACGAUAGCCAACAACUGUGCUAACAUGGGGAAAACUGUGUUGAACCAACAAAUUAAGAAUAGUCAAAAAUACAUUGCUGAUGCAAUAGAGGAUUUGAAGCACAAUCAGCAGUCUCCUGAUGUUGCUAAAAGCACAACUACUGUCCAACAACCCUCUGAUACUACUGAAAGCACAAUUACUAACCAGCAAUCUCCUGAUGGUGCUGAAAGCACAGAUACGAAUCCAAAGCCUUCUGCUUCUACAGAAGGCUCACCAACUGACCAGCAAUCUCCUGGUGCUACUGAAAGUACAGUUGACGUCCAGAAAUCCCCUGCAACAUCAACAAAUGCUGAAAAUUCAUCUUUAAUGUCGGAUUGCAAGUCUGAACCAGAAAUGUCUGGAACUAGCGAAGGGAUGUUUGAUAGCUCUACCACUCCUCAAACAGAUACCACGGCGGAUGGACCAUUAGAUCAAAAUGAAAAUACAGCUUCUUCAGACAAACUAACAGUGAUAGGCAAAUCAGAAAGUUCUGAAGUAUUAUCAGAAAAUGAAACCAUUUUCCCUUCUAAAGAAAAGUUACCGUAUGAAAAAAGUGAAAUUUCAACGAUUGGACAUGAAAAUCAGAUAGAAAACGCUGGUGAUUUCGAAAAGACCCAUAUUUCACCAGCAAAUUAUGGAACCAUUAAUGAAUUUGAAAAACUUACAAUACCAUCUGCUAGUGGAUCUAUUAUUUCUCAUAAAGAAGCUUAUGAAAAUAUGCUUCCUCUUCCGCUCAUGGCCAAACAGGAUUCGUCUAUAUCAUCGUUGUUAAAGAAGUGGUUACUUUAUAGGAGGCCAUUACAAUUUCUCUUCUUUUUUCCGUAUAUUCACGCACCAAUCAACGCCUAA